UUCACACCCCACUGAGUGAGGCUGAUGGGAAACAAAACGGUUUCCUUUCCCUCCGGAACACGUCCCUGCAGUCUGCGUGCGCGUGGAAUGGAAACUAUUCAAGGUGUUUCACGGUAUCAGCGGAAUCCCGUAGUGACUUUUGGCUUCGGUCUUAAAGUUUUUAAAGUUUCCUCUUAAAGGAGCCGCGCGCGCUGUACACACGCCCCGUCAACACACCCACACCCACGCGCGCAAACCCGGACAAAGCAGAAGCACGCGCAGAGAAACCAGGACCGGUAUCUGGAUAUGUUCGUUAUCUGUCCUUCACAGCUCCUCACGCGUCAUGUAAACAACUAGGACAUAAAAAGGAGAGGGUAAAAAAAGUUUGCGGAAACCGGAAAAUCUUUUAAAGGCAUCUCGCGCGCAUGAGUUCGGCGGCUGUGAUCUGUCGGGCCGCGCGCCUGCUCGCGCUCGUGCUCGUGUGCUCGUCGCUGGUCAGUGCGCGUGGUGCUCAGGUGCGAGCCGACAAACCGCCGCGUGCUACAAACACGCGCCGAGACUCAGAUUUGUUCUGCCAGGAGAAGGUCGUCAUGGUGACCGCAGGCGGACAGAUCCAGAGCCCAAGGUACCCAAACGCCUACCCACGCAACCUCCUGCUGUCUUGGAAACUGCAGGCCCCGCCCUUCACACGGGUUGUGUUGGAGUUUGAUGUGAGGUUCGGUUUGGAGGAGCCUGAGAACAGCAUGUGCAGACACGAUUUUGUGGAGGUUGACGACAUUUCAGAAAGCAGCACCAUCACUUGGGGUCGCUGGUGUGGACGGAAAGUCCCGAGUCCCAUCACCUCCAUUAACAACGUCAUCAGAAUCACCUUCAAAUCUGAUGACUCCUUCGUCGCAAAACCGGGAUUCAAACUUUGCUACUCGCUGCUGAUUGAUGCUCCGCUGUCUUAUCUGAAUAACUUGGAGGCUGUCACAGUUGCAUCGAAUGCCGUGUCUGCCUAUAACGCCCCGUUAUCAGCGAGGCUUGGAUGA